UCCUCUGACAGCUGACAGGGCGGAUAUCUAACUGAUAUGAAGGGGGAGUUCAGCGGAACACACUUUUUCUGUGGUUCCUUUGACAGAUCAGCUGUUUUACACUCAGUACAGUCAGACAUGCUGGUUCCUUUGGACAGAUGCUUCCGGUUGGACCGGUAGUUGGACACAGUUGGAUCCGGAGCAUCAUCAUUAGUUACCAUCAGAGCUAACAGGCUAACACAGCCCUGGAAACACAUGAAUGACUGUCAGAGCUAACAGGCUAACACAGCCCUGGAAACACAUGAAUGACUGUCAGAGCUAACAGGCUAACCCAGAGCUAACAGGCUAACACAGCCCUGGAAACACAUGAAUGACUGUCAGAGCUAACAGGCUAACCCAGAGCUAACAGGCUAACACAGCCCUGGAAACACAUGAAUGUCAAAGCUAACCCAGAGCUAACAGGCUAACACAGCCCUGGAAACACAUGAAUGACUGUCAGAGCUAACAGGCUAACCCAGAGCUAACAGGCUAACACAGCCCUGGAAACACAUGAAUGACCGUCAGAGCUAACAGGCUAACACAGAGCUAACACAGCCGUGGACACACCGGUGGAACAGACUGUAAAUUCUAAUAUUUGGGAUGUGCAGAACUGUGUCCGUGUCCUGACAGUCCAACUUCAGCUGGUUCGUGGGUUCGGAGUUUAAACACUGGUCGGAUUAAGUGGAUCACCGUCAUGUCCGGAGAACGGGCUUCUUUACCGGCCAGAGGGAACGGCCUGCUCCGGGGGAGGCAGACCAAGUCCUACGGCAGUUUGGUCCGGUCCCAGCUGUCCCCGGUCCGACACAGGCGGAUAGAACACAUGAUCCAGCCCGGAGAAACACUAGCAGGCCUGGCUCUGAAGUACGGAGUGACGAUGGAGCAAAUAAAAAGGGCAAAUAGACUUUACACAAACGACUCCAUUUUCCUGAAGAAGUCCCUGUCCAUCCCUGUGAUGUCCUGUGAUUUGGACGGCAGCGGUCACCAGGUGGGUUUGGCUGAAGAGGAGUUGGAGGGCGGCGCCGGCUCUGGCUCCGAACAGAACCCAGUGGACUGCAGGGAUGCGCUGUCAGAGCUCACACCGGGGGAUUUUCUGAAAAGACUGGACGGUUUGAUCAGCCAGUCUAAACAUGCUGCAGUCAAAGGAUGUGAAGAGGCAGAGAAAAGGGUUGCUGCUUUCGAAGCGGCGUGCAGCAGCGGCAGCAGGACGUCAGAGUGGCGUCCAAUCAGAAGGUCUCAGAGUGUCAUGUCACCUCCCAGAAUGCAACAGAAGACCAGGCUUUUGGCCACGCCCCUUACCGUCACCAAACUCACCAAAAAACUGAGGGAUGGGGAGGAUGAGAUCUUUGAGCUGUGACAUGAUGAUGUGUCUGAGCAUCACGAGAAGAAAACAGCUGUUCCAGAAGAUCUGUGGACCGGGUUCAUUUCAAACGGAGGAUGUUCUUGAACA